AUGAAAUCGACAUCAACUAUCUUGGCGGUCUUGGCAGGCUUCGCCAACCUGGCCGCAGCCCAGACUGUUUCUGGUAAGGCUGAGGGUUUUGCUUCCGCUGUUACUGGAGGAGGCAAUGCUACCCCUGUUACGCCCAAGGACAUCACGGAGCUCACCAAAUACCUUACCGACAACCAGCCCCGCGUCAUUCUCCUCAACAAGGAGUAUGACUACACCACCUCUGAGGGUAACGUUACCGGUAAUGUCUGUGCCAGCUGGGGCAACGGUGCUGCUUGCCAGAAGAUCAUCCAGGACGACUGCAGUGGCAAGGCCGGAUCGACUGAGAGCUGGUACAAGGCUCCUACCAAGCCCAUCGAUGUUGGCAACGACAAGACCAUUCUCGGUGUCGGCAGCAAGGGUGCCAUCAAAGGCAAGGGCUUGAGAAUGAGAGGCAAGAACGUCAUUAUCCAGAACAUCCAGGUCAGCGACCUGAACCCUAAGUACGUCUGGGGUGGCGAUGCCAUCGGCUUUGAUGGCGCCGACCUCGUCUGGGUUGACCACGUCACGAAGACUGCCCGUCCUGGCCGCCAGCACUACGUCUUUGGCUUCAACCCUAGCAAGCGCAUCACUCUCUCCAACAACUUCAUCAACGGCGAAUCCCCUUACUCCACCGGCUGCAACGGAUACCACUACUGGACCUUCGAAAUGGUUGGCAAGGACGACCAGAUUACCAUGAAGAACAACUACAUCUACAAGACUGCUGGACGUGGCCCUGCCCUGAGCGGCGGCACCCUUCUCCACGCCGUCAACAACGUGUGGAACGACAUUGACGGACACAUGCUCGAGGGUGGCGAGGCUGCGGCCCGUGGUAUCUUUGAGGGUAACGUCUUCAUCAAGGCCAAGCAGAUGGUUUCCGACUACAAGGGCAAGCUGUUCUCUUCCCCCGAUGCCACCACCAACGCUCAGUGCAAGAGCGCUCUCGGCCGUGCUUGUGAGGUCAACGUUCUCGACCAGACCACCUCCCCGUUCAAGUACACCGACACCAGCUUCUUCGGCGACUUCAAGGGUCUCACUAUCGCCAGCGCUGUGGCUGCCAGCAAGAUCAAGACUAGCGUUCCCAACAACGCGGGUGCCGGCAAGCUCAGCGCUUCCACCAGCAGCUCCUCCACCCCAUCUUCCACCAGCAGCUCCUCCACCCCAUCUUCCUCCGGCAGCUCUUCCUCUAGCAGCUCCUCCACCCCGGCCAAGUCCUCCAGCUCUAGCGGCAACUCUGCGGCUGUUGUUGACAAGGCUGCCAGUAAGCCUGCUGCUGCCCAGUCCGUUGCUCUGUACGGCCAGUGCGGUGGAAAGGGUUAUUCUGGCGCUACUACUUGUGCUUCGGGCAAGUGUGAGUUCGUCAACGACUGGUACUCCCAGUGCGUCUAA